AUGGCUUCGUUGAUGAGAGCCGUCGCACAGUUGGGGCUGGCGUACAACGUCUCCGUCAUCGACGUGCCCGUGCCUACGAUCCUCAACGCGACAGACGUGAUCGUCCGCAUCAACGCCUCAGCCAUCUGCGGGAGCGACUUGCACACCUACCACCAGGCAUUGGGCUCUCCGGACGCACCGUACUUGUACGGCCAUGAAGCUAUCGGCUACGUGUCUGAGGUCGGCGACGCGGUCCAGUUUCUGAAGGUCGGAGACUAUGUUGUGAUACCGGAUAAUGUCGACAACGGGCAUUUCACGGUCGAGCCGGACGUGUACCAGGUUCCGCUGGGGUCUGGCGGGGUGCAGGGAGGCGUGGCGCGGCCGGGGGUGCAGACUGAAUAUGUGCGCGUUCCAUUCGCGGACAACUCCCUAAUUCCCGUCCCGGUCAACGCCAGCACCACCGAGUCCACGCUGCUCGACUACCUCUUCAUCUCCGACAUCUUCGCCACCGCCUGGAGCGGCGUCUCCUUCUCAGGCUUCGAGCCAGGCGACAGCGUCGCCGUCUUCGGCGCCGGCCCCGUCGGCCUCCUCGCCGCCUACUCUGCCAUCCUGCGCGGCGCCUCGAGAGUCUACAGCAUCGACCACGUGCAGAGCCGCCUGGCCCUCGCGGCCUCCAUCGGCGCCAUACCCAUCGACUUCGCCGCCUCGGACCCCGUGGCGCAGAUCCUCGCCCUAGAACCCGGCGGCGUGCGCCGCAGCGUCGAAGCCGUGGGCUACGAGGCCGAAGACGCAACGGGCCAGGUCGACGCGUCCAUCACGCUGCGCCAGGCGCUGAACGUCACCGCGCCGCGGGGCGGUAUCGGCAUCGUCGGGCUGUUCAGCCCAGGGCUCGAGGGCUUCGACGCAGGGCUGGCCUUCGAGAAGACGCUCACGAUCGAGGGCGGCGUCGUGCUGCCGCUGCAGGUCGCGUCGGAACUGGUCCCGCUUGUGCGGUCGGGGCGGGCGACGCCGAGUUUCAUCGUCAGCAGCGUGAUUGGCAUCGAGGAGGCGCCGGAGUACUACGCGAGGUUCGACCGGCGCGAGGAGACCAAGGUGGUGAUUCGAUUCUAG